AUGACAGUGCAUGGUCGCCUGCUUGCCACAGAGAGCCUGCGCAAACCGCUCAUGGAUGAUCGUAACAGCACCGGAGCACCUGGUCCUCCAAGCAUGGAGGUAGAUUAUCAAUCAUCUUCGGUGACCUCCGAAGGCGCGAAGAGGUCUGGCUCGACCUCAAUCCUCCAGGGCUGCCUGCUUGUUUCGGUGGUCUUGUUCGGGUGCGCCAACAACAUUGCCAAACAGAUUGCAGCACAGCCCUUGAAACGAUAUACUUACAUGCUUGGGCUUUCCACGGCCGUGGCGUACGUGCCGCUAUAUUGGUGCAUCCUCGGAGGUCUUCUGUUGCUCGGGGUCGUGCCGCGAUCCCAGCUCCGCUUUGUGUGGCGGCCCAACCACGGCCUCCCUGCCUUGGCUUUCUUCGCCGUCUCAGCGCUGGGCGACUCGUUGGGAGACACCAUCGGAGCCAUCUGCACUCCCCAUGUUAGCGGCCCACUGCACAGCCUACUUUCCAACUGUACGCCCAUUUUCAUUGCCAUUUUGUCGAUGUGCAUCCUCCAAGAGCGGUACUCCUUCGCGCAAUCUCUGGCGCUGCUUGGGGUCUUCUUGGCCGUUGUCACAGGGCUGCUGCCUUCCUUAGAGGGUUUGAGCGUGAGCACGGAACCCGUCUUUGCAGUGAUCCUGGGAGGUAGCUGCAUCUUCAACGCUGUAGCCUUUGUGCUCAAGGAGCUGGUUUUCAAACGCUACAAGACAUGGCAAGCCGCCGGGCGGCAUGAAGCUGAUGGAGGUGGACUGAACAUCUUUGUCAUGAAUGCGCACCUGGCACUUUUUCAGCUUCCUCUCACGAUCAUGUUGAUCCCGCUGAAUGAACUGCUGAAGCAGACCAAUGGCGAAGGCAUCGGCGCCUACACCCGAGAGGCUAUGGACUGCCUUUUCAGCGGACGAGCAGACAGCUGCGGCGAAGAUUCCAAUCACGGAGAGUUGGCUGGCCGCUGUGUUGCUAUCUACGUGGUUUUCAACGUGCUUUGGAACAUGGCUGUGCUGCUCUCCGUGAAGCAUUCGGGGGCCCUCGCCACGUUCAUUGCCCUGAAGGCGAUUUUCCCGGUUUCCGCCGUCCUGUUCGCCUACGUGGACUGGCCGCUGCUGGGCCCCACUCACCUAUCCUGGCUAGUUUGGCUGUCCAUCGCCUUGCUCCUUCCCUCCAUUGCCGCCUACCAGUACACCUCCCAGUCGCAGGCGCGUCGUGCAAUGGAGGAUCCGUCGCUGGCCAGCUGCUGCUGGCCUCUGUGCACAUCCGGGCGAG